GCUGUGCAGUCGAGGUCGUCGUCCGCCACCAUGUUCCAGGGCCCCGAGGCCGACUCGGCCAAGCCCAGCUCCAGGGUAUUGAAGCCCCCAGGAGGAGGUUCUAGUAAUCUGUUUGGGAGCACAGAAGAAGUUUCUUCUUCAAGCAGGCCACACCGGAUGGCAUCUAAUAUCUUUGGAGCAUCAGAAGAACCUCAAAACAUUCCAAAAAGGACAAACCCUCCAGGGGGAAAAGAAAGUGGUAUUUUUGAGGAUUCUAGUUCUGCUCAGCCUCGUCCACGCAUGAAUCCACCUGGUGGGAAGACAAGUGAUAUCUUUGGGUCUCCUGUAUCUACCAGUGUUGUGCGAGCACACCCAAACAAGCCUAAGGAUCACAUUGUCUUGAAAGAAGAUGAAACACCAAAGAAGCUAGAAGCUACAGAAAAUAUCAAACCACAGCUGGAAGAUGGAGGCGAGAAAAAAGAUCUGGGCAAGGAGGAGCGAUGCAAGGAGCCAGAACCCAAGAUAGACAAUCACGAGCCCCGAUUAGGGCCAAGGCCACGCUCACACAACAAAGUUCUCAAUCCACCGGGGGGGAAAUCCAGUAUUGCUUUCUAUUAGGGUCAUCCGUUCACUUUCACUAAUGGAGUCUGCACAGAAACUCUUGUCUGUGGUUGCGAGGUCAGCUUAUAGACUAUUGUUUGUGGAUAGAUUCUUAGGCGGGUGGAUGAGGGUUAUGCUGAAGUGUGUAGGAAGGAUAACCUGAUGAUUUGGGGA